UCGCAUCGCAUCGCAUCGCAUCGCAUCGCAUCGCAUCGUGUCGUAUUGCAUCUACCCACGCGCCCUUCGCCAUGCUCUGGAGAUUGCCCAGGAUCCGGUCGGGUCUCCUUCGGCUGCUGCCGGUGGCCGCCAUUGUCGCUCUGCUGGUCUGGUCUGUGUCGUUCUCCCAUAGCACAAGUCCCUCCCAGUCCCCAGCCGUCUCCAGCCCAAAGCCAUCCCAGGUGAUUCUUGUGGCAGAGCCCAAGCCCGAGCCCAAGCCCCCGCUGACCUCCAGCGCCAAGUGGUGUAUCCAUGUGGAGGGCUUCUCGACAUGCCGGUAUUUCCAAAAGGCCGCCAAGAUGGCGCAGAGCCUUGCCCUCAGCAACCCCGAGCUUUACAAAGUCAGCGUCAAAGGAGUCCCAGUUGGAGAAUGGGAUGAACGCAAGCUGAGGCUCCAGAAGGAGCUUCCAGGCGCCAAGGACCAUACUACCUCGCCAUUUGUCUGGCUCGGAUGUCCCGGCGCCGCAAUCGAGUUUGUUGGCGGCGCAGAUAUGCUCCAGGACCGAGUCGAGAGCGGUCGACUGCAGUAACUCGGCGACAGCGUCCUUCGAUCGAGCGGGGCAUCUCGAUUUGAGGAAGCCGGACUGCCUGAAUACAUAUAUAUCCGCAAGACGGCCAGUUGCAACAUUUUCGAAGCUACCGCCGAUGAUGGGACUGUUGUGGUCUUACAUCCGAUCUGUUCAAGACGACCGUGGUUCGAGAGCAUUCGACAGAGUAUCGCCGACGAUGAGAGAAGAGCGGGCGCUGUUGGGCAUGGCCCCAAACAACGCAGAUACUCGGCCGCUGAGAUGGAACGGACCAGCGAAUGUACUCGCA